UUUUUCUAAAGCUUUUUUAAGGGUUUUUUUAGAAUUGUGUAUGCGCCGUGUUGUUGUUUCUUCUGUUUCUACUAUGAUGUCAUUGAACUCUGCUAAACCCAAAAUAUUGAUGACUGAUUCAACUUUUAAUUUGACUAAACUAAAAGAAAUUGGGGAUGUUAUUCAACACGAUUCUCCUGGUCAAAUGCCUCGAACUUUAUUAGAAGAAAAAAUAGUUGAUGUAGAUGCUUUGUUUUGUUUAGUGAGGGAUAAAAUUGAUAGUCAAAUUUUAGAAAAGGCUAAAAGUUUAAAAAUGAUUGGGACAAUGAGUGUAGGUUACGAACACAUAAAUUUGGAAGAGUGUAAAAAACGUGGAAUACGUGUUGGAUAUACUCCUGUAGCAGAACUUGGAAUGGCACUUCUCUUAUCAACCGCUAGAAGACUUCCUGAAGCAAUAAAUUCUGUUAAAAGUGGAGGUUGGAGAACAUGGUCACCUUAUUAUAUGUGUGGAAAAUCUUUAGCUAAUUCUGUUGUUGGAAUUUAUGGUUUGGGAAAAAUCGGAACUAGUAUAGCAAAUAAAAUACAACCUUUUAUGCCUGAAAAGAUUAUUUAUAAUAAUCGAAAGAAGAAGGAAGAUUCUCCACACACUUUUGUUUCUUUCAACGAUUUACUUGCUCAAAGUGAUUUUCUUAUAAUUACAGCUACUCCAUCACCAGAAAAUACACGCAUUUUUAAUAAAAAUAGUUUUAAAUUAAUGAAGAAAGAUUCAAUUUUGAUUAAUAUUAGCAGAGGUAUUUUGGUUAAUCACAAUGAUUUGGCUGAUGCUUUAACCUUAGGUUUAAUUGGUGGAGCAGGAUUGGAUGUGACUGAUCCAGAACCUUUUCCUUUGGAACAUCCUCUACAUAAUAUGAAUAAUUGUGGUAGGGGUUUUUAA